AUGGAAUAUGCGUGUCAGGUCUUUCAUAAUAAUCUGCCAGCAUAUUUGUCGAAUGAAAUCGAAAGGAUUCAGAAACGAGCAAUGCAUGUGAUCUUUCCAGACCUCAGUUAUAAUGAUGCGCUUGCAGAGACUAAACUUUCCAAACUUGGUGCGAAAGAUGGGAGAAAUUGAGUGGUGAUUUAUUUAGUAAUAUUGUUCAGAAUGAUAAUAAAUUAUAAAUUAGCCCAUCUAUUACCUCCUAGAGUUAAUGUAUCUCGGAACAUGAGGAAUCCUAGAACUUUUGAAAUUCCGAUGUGUUACACAGAUCGGUUCAAGAAAUCAUUUAUAGUGCAUUUCGCUUAUAUUUUUAACUUAGAUUCGUAAUUUUAUAUUUUUAAAUUUUUCUUAAUUAAUCUUGCAAAUAUAACAUAAAUUUUACCAAAUUCGUUGUAAGAGUUUUUCAGCGUAAUUCAGUCUUUGACGGCAAAGCUGGUACCUUUUGUAAUAAAUGAUUUAUAUAUGUGUCAUCGUCAACUGUUGAUCCGGUUUAAAAUUUUGAUAAUAUGAUCGGUAAUAUCCAGUCAACUCUUAUCAACCCUCAUGCAAUUCUUGUUCUCAUUUGAGAACAUUUUCAUGCACGCAAACUCUCGCUUGGUAAGGCUGUAAGCAAAUGAAUAAAAUAAACAUAUUAUGGAUGAUUCCAAGAGUUAAUAGCAUAGGAUACUUUUGAAUUCACUGCAAAUAAUCCCCGAGUAUUUUGAACCAAAAACACUCACAGUCUGAGGCAAAACCGAAUACUGUAGCUAACUGUGAGGACUUGAAAUGCUGCUAGUCUGAUUUUGAAGUUUGAAAUGACAUCUUAUGCUCAUAAAUCAAUAUUGAUAGUGCAGUAAAUAAAUAAACACGUGUUGAAUUUUAAUUAUACCGUACACACGGAAGAAUCUCACAUCUUGUAGCAAGUCUGCCAACAAGCCGUCAACAAGUUGUGUUCGCACUGCUUGUCCCAAGUUGUCAAGAAGUUUGGAACAAGCUGUUAGCAACUAUUAACAAUCUCGUUGAUAUUAUCAGACUUGGUUUGUUCCAACAAGUCCGAUAUACAGUCGUGAUAAAACAAUAUUGUUAAAACCUUGUGCCAUCAACCUUGUAACAUUCUUGUUAUAUCAUGACUGUGUAAGACUUGUUAGAACAACCUUGUAACAAGUCUGAUAAUGCCAUCGAGCUUGUUAGAAGUUGUUAACAGCUUGCUCCAAACUUGACUUGUUCCAAGAACUUGGAACAAGCAGUGCGAACACAAAUUGUCGACAGCUUGUGAACAGAUUUGUAACAACUUGUUUGCAGACCUGUAGCAACGUGUGCGUUUUUACCUGUCUAGACACAUAAAAACGGACAAGUUGUAACAAACUUGCAGCAGAGUUGUAGCAAUGAUGUUCCAAUGACAUGCCAUCAACCUUGUUACAAGAUGAUAACAACUUGUUCCGGACUUGUCAACAACUGGGAACAAGCAGUGCGGACACAUCUUGUUGACAAGGUGUGAGAUUUUUACGCGUGCAAGACACUUAAAAUUAAUGCAAAAUAAUAUCAAAAUUGUCUGGGACAAUAAUGAAAUGCCUUCAAAUGGACAUCUAGCCUCUAGGGGAACCAUACUGAACUGACAGAGCUAUCCAGUUUCAAGUUACUCAAGUUAUAAGUUGAGGAAAACUAACGCUGAGUUUAUAUCUAUUAUUUGAAGAACGUCACGAAGGGUGCAAUGACGAAUAUCUUAUUGAUUAUCACCAAACUGAAAGAAAGAUCACAUUUAUUAUCGUGCCUAGAAAAGGUAAGCUUUUUCAAUACAUUUGCCCGACUGAGAGAGUCCUCUAGCGUCUCUGGAACGCUAUUUCAUGCAUUUUAGACACGGUUUAGGAUAAUAUAAAAUUUGGCAUAUUUUAUGUCAUAGAUGAAGACAUUAUGAGGUUACGCCCCCCCCGCCCCAGUUUCUACUCAGUUUUGACAGAAUUACAAAAUUGGUACUGACGAAUAGUGGGGAAGGGCUGCGGACCCCACCAUCCCACUCGUGGGUACGACUCUGUUUUCUGUUUUUGUUAAAGGAAAUAGAAACGCCAGGCAAAACAGUAUUUUGUAAAUAGAUUUAAUCUGGAUGAGCAAAAACAAACACAGUGAAUAGGCCCAAUGAAAUGAUCAAUCGUUGCAGCAACGGGAGUAAACCGUGAACUACUAGAAUUGACGUCCAAUAUUCAUAGGAAGGUCGCCGAACACCAUUUUCCGCAGCUAAUUCUAGUUUCUUCUGACGGACCGUAUCGCUAAACAGGCUAUCAGUUCAUAAAACCAUAGUGUUAUUCUUUAAAUCGAUGUCAAAAUACGAAAUUCGGCACACGUCUUGCUAGCCUGUGUUCCAGUCCACUGACUGGAGGCUAACGUCUUGCCAGCUUCGUGCCAACCGCGCAGACAAAAUCAAUAGAAAGGGAGUGGGUUGACGUCCAAUAGAUCUUCAAUUUCCGUCAUCUUUGGCUUCACUUUUUGGACUCGAGUUCACGCUCCAGAUAUAUAUGGAGCUCAUUGAUAUCACAUUCUUUUGUAGGAAGUUCACGAAGAAGGGAAGCUGCCAAAUGUGUUGGAAUCGCUAAAAAAAUCCUUCAAACGCCGAUCAAGCCAUUUGUUCCCGCGGAUAACUCAGAUUUGGUCGAAGGACACGCGCCUUCCCCCAGCCCGCAUGCUGAUGACCUGCCCAUAAACUGUCAUCUAAAAAUAGUCCACAAAUGCGGUUGGGAUGAAGGAAUGGUUUUUGUUAGAAAUUUCUUUGCUUUUUUCUAA